AAUCCGAUGUUUGGUUCGGUCAGUCUUUAAUUACUUUGGCGGGUUCGCUUCUCAUCUGUGGCGAUCGGAUCGGGACUGCAACCUCUUCAGCCUCUGCAGCCGCUCCGAAUCUGCGAAGCUGAACUGAAGGAGGUGGCAUUAGGGUUUUGUAAUUCUGCAGGUUCCUGCGUAGAAUUGGACGAUGGAGGAGGUUUUAGUUGCUAUACUUUCCAUGCUUCUCAUAGUAGCCCUUAUCCCGCUGUAUCUGUGGAGAAGGCAGCAUGAUUCCCGAUCGAGGGAUCACGCAGAGGAGGAAGAGGAAGAAGAAGAAGCUCAGCAGGCUCCGCAAAGAGAAACUGUAGUACGUGCAAUUGGGAGCCGGAGGAUGCGGCGGAGGCCGGCUGCUGGUGCCAGUAGUUCAUCUGCUCCUCCUCCAACCUUAGAAGAGGAGGAUGCGGAUAGCGAGGAGGAGGAGGAGGCUGUGGCUGGAGGCCAUGAGCUUAGAGCAUCAAAGAAGAAGGGAAGGAGAAGGCAAGAGCGAGAAGCAAUGCGACAGGCUGAAGAAGCUGCACAUGAAUCCAGAAGAACAAAGCAAGACCACUAUGCAGAGAUGCGGAGGAGGAAGGAUGAGGAGCAUGAGGCAAAAGAGCGCAUGCUGGAAGAAGAAGCCAAGGCUCGCAAAGCUAGGGAGGAGGAAGCUGCUGCUCUGGAAUUUGAAAAGUGGAAAGGGGAAUUCUCGGUCGAUGAGGAAGGCACUACGGAAAAUGAAGUCCAAGACGGGAAUCAGGGUUUGCUUACUAAUUUUGUGGAUUACAUAAAGAAAAACAAAUGCGUUCCCCUAGAAGAUCUUGCAGCAGAAUUCAAGCUCAGGACUCAGGAAUGCAUCAACCGUAUCAAUUCGCUGGAAAGUAUGGGGCGUCUCUCUGGGGUUAUGGAUGAUCGAGGGAAAUACAUAUACAUAUCCCUGGAAGAAAUGCAGGCUGUUGCAGACUACAUCAAGCGCCAAGGCAGGGUUAGCAUUUCCCACCUGGCGAGCAAGUCGAACCAGUUCAUCGAUCUUGAGCCUAAAGCCCAGUUUGUGGAGGAAAUCAGCAGCAUGGAGGAAAUUUCCGUCAGCUGAGGUGUUCCAGUCUUCACCUAGAAGUUGUUCAACUACCAAGUCUCUUGCUUCUGCUGUAGAUUAAAGUAGGAAAAGUUUCGAAUUUAGAACGUAAGAUAGAGCGGGGAAAGCUAGUUAAAGCUCUCGUACAGUACAAGGAGAUAGCCUUAACACAUAACUUUACUGUUGACAACUUGACAUGGUGGACUCUCUGUGUAUAUGAACCUUCAGUUGAUGUUGAAGGUUCGUGUUCCGUUUUUUCGACUACCAAGUACAGAGCUCAUGUUUCCUGGUACCUUAAAAGGAAAGGCUCUCUUCCACAUUUGGCCUAAAGAUGCAAGGAUUAACGACAACCUGCAGAUCGUGAA